UUCAGACUCUCACGGCCUAAGGUCUCGGAAAAAGUCCUGGAGGAUCUGGAGGAGAAGAUAAAGUCUACCUUGGAGAAAUGGAAGGACGUCGUGACGCUGCCCUCGAGGGAAUGCUUCUCUUCGCCGAGGACCAAUCCAGCUGGAGUUCCGAGUCCGAGAAUCGAAGGCAUAGGGAAGGAACCAGUGACGAGAAAAUGAACGUUUGAAUAUCUAGGUGUGUUCCACGUUGGACUGUCGAUAAAACCACGGCUAGGAGGACGGAGACGACAGGGCGGUGUUAUGUUAGUAACACGCAGUCACCCUCUUCGAGGGCGCAUCCUACUCGCCCUCUUCAUCUUAAUCGGAAGCUUCGCUUUGCCGUCCCGAGCGGCCGCUUUCCCGGAUUGGACGGACUGCCCCGCGGUGUGUCGAUGCAAAUGGACGUCGGGGAAGAAAUCGGCCCUCUGUCCGGAUGCCGGGUUGACGUCUCUUCCGGCCUCCCUCGACCCGAACAUGCAGAUCCUCGACCUGUCAGGUAACAAGAUUCCGGCCCUGCAGGCGGAGAUCUUCAAACGAGCCGGGCUGCUGAACCUCCAAAGAGUCUUCCUGAGGAACGCCGGGAUCCACGAGAUCCACGUGGACGCGUUCAAGGAGAUGCGCAUCUUGGUGGAGGUCGACAUGUCGGACAAUCACGUAACCAGCCUCAAUCCGGAGACGUUCUUCGGCAACGAGAGACUGAGGAUACUGAUACUGAGCGGCAACCCCCUAGGCGUGGUGCAGCGUCACCAGUUCCCGGUUCUCCAGCACCUGAGGAACCUCGAGCUGCAGCGGUGUUCCCUGACCAGGAUACACGCCCAGGCGUUCGCCAGAUUGCUGGGCCUGGAGUCGCUCAGGCUGGAUGGGAAUCAGUUGGAGUAUCUGGACGCCGCGGUCAUCUCCAGCCUGUCGCACCUGAAGACCCUGACCCUGGACGGGAACCGGUGGAGCUGCGACUGUCGCCUGAGGAGCUUCAGAACGUGGUUGAUUCCCAGCGUCCCGAGCAAGCUCUACUCGGUCUCGCAGAUGUGCGCGUCGCCGCCACGGCUGGAGGGUCGCCGUUGGGAGGACGUCAAGCCCUCGGAGUUCGCCUGCGAGCCCAAGGUGUCGGUCCUGGCGAGCAGCCUCCAGGAGGAGACCAACGGCGUCUUCGGCCUGGCCUGCAUGACCACGGGGGACCCGGAACCGGAGAUCUCGUGGCAGCUGAACGGCGGACCGGUUAACCUGACCCGACCGGAUCAACCCUACGGAGCCUUCGCCACUUCCGGGGAGGUCUACGGGGAUAUCUACGGCGUUACCCAGGUGACCGAACGGUGGAACAACCUGACGGUCUACAACGCCAGCGACAACGACGCGGGGGAGUACACCUGCUUCGCCCGGAACGUCGCCGGCCAGGCCGCGGACAGCGUCAACAUCGUGAUUCCGCGCGUCUUCACCGCGCCGACCCUCUCGCAGGCGGAUAACUGGCUGCUCUGGGUGAGCCUGGCUGGCGGCGGCGCCGCGGCGCUUUGCGCCUCCGUCUCCGCGGCCCUCCUGGCCAUGUGUCUCUGCGGAGGAUCCCGGCGCAAGCGCAGGCGUGAAAAGGUCAAGCUGCAGGGCAGCACCAGCUUUGGCGACCAGGAGAAGAAGCUGCUGGACCUCUCAGUGACCACGACUAUGGGUGCCAGCGGGACGACCGGCACCAGCGGCCACGGGAGCCUCGUCGAGGCCUGCAGCCCCGGCGACCUGGAGCUGGCCGAAAGGGGCUCCAUCUGCGACCCCAUGGCCGCGGCCAACGUCACCGUCGAGAGGCACAGACUGGACGGGGGCAUCAACGCCAUCCGCGCCCUGCCCUGCACGGUCUUCCCGCCUCCGCCGCCCGAGUUCACCAGCGGCGUCCUGCCCGCCGGUAUCUUCGGCAACAUCUUCAUCUCCGUCUCCAUGCCGCAGGACUCCGAGCGCUGCUACCCGGACCUCCUCGACAUCCCCGUCCACGCCAACAUGGCGGACAAGCCUGCGACCGUGGCCUCGGUCCCGGCGUCCUCGGUCAUCUCGGGGUUCGCCACCCUCCCGAGACGCCCGACGCGCCCCGCCGACCUGGGCUCGCUCUACGACAACAUGGGCCCCAGGGUCACGGCCACCGGGAGCUCGACCUUCUCCCUGACCGACGCGGAGCUCCGCUUCUCGCCGCCCCCGCCCCCGAGGGUCAUCCAGCCGCCCCUGGAGUUCGUCUCCCUCUAAUGCCGCUACCCCGUCUGUCCGUCUGUCUGCCGCUUGACUGCCCGGCUGCCUGCUUGCCCGAGAGAGAAUGCGAGAGUGCCUGCGUCCGCGGUCCCCCCUUAGACGCUGCGACGAGAU